GACAAUAACUUGUUACCUGCAAUAUGAUUUUAUAAUAGCUUAACCUGUCUAUAUAAGCUCAUAAUAUGCUUCAAGCAAAGAUCAAUAACAAUAGCUUCUGAGUCAUACAUAUUCCUAGUGAAGUGACCAUGAAAUCGCAUGUUGCUCUAAUCCUGCUCUUUUCACUUUCCCUGUACACAAGCAGCAUUGAUGCAAGAAAAGACCCUGGAGAAUACUGGAGAGAUGUGAUGAAAGAUGAGCCAAUGCCUGAAGCAAUCAAACAUUUUACGCUUCGGCAUUCAGUUCCUCUCUCCAAAGAGAAAACUGAUUGUUACACAUUAUCUUCUGUUGGAGGUGAAGCCUUUGAACCUAGGCCUAAUCUAUCUGUCUACCACGAUGACGCCAAGCUGAAACAAGCUGAGAAAUCCUUAUUUACGAAAGAUUUCGAGCCAAGGCCUAGUGCAACUGGUUAUCAUGAUGAUGAUGACGCCGGUCUUAAAUAAGAAAACUCCCUUGCCAAAGAUUUUGAGCCUAGGCCAAAUAAUUCUGUGUACCAUGAUUGAUAUUGCUUAUAAUGAGUACUAUGUGUCUUCCUGCAUUUGUGAAUUUAUAUUUUGUAUGCCUCCCGGUGUUAAGUGAUUUAUGAAAUAAAGAUUUGUAACCAUACUUGAUGGUUGUAUUGAAGUAUUUCUUAACUUUA